GCGGGAGCCCAAGUCUCGCGAGAAGAGGCAGUUGCCGUAGCGGAGCCCUCUAGGCUCUAGGAGCGAGUGUGAGUGGCUGUGAGCCGCCGCCGGAGUCGCGGACGGUUUGCUGGAGCCCGUUAGUGCCGCUGGCCCGGAGUCCCCGCCGCCGUCAUGUCCCGCUACCUGCGCCCCCCGAACACGUCCCUGUUCGUCAGGAACGUGGCCGACGACACCAGGUCUGAAGAUUUGCGUCGGGAAUUUGGUCGAUAUGGUCCAAUAGUAGAUGUUUAUGUUCCACUUGAUUUCUACACUCGGCGUCCAAGAGGAUUUGCAUAUGUUCAAUUUGAGGAUGUUCGUGAUGCUGAAGAUGCUUUACAUAAUUUGGACAGAAAAUGGAUUUGUGGGCGUCAGAUUGAAAUACAGUUCGCACAGGGGGAUCGGAAGACACCAAAUCAAAUGAAAGCCAAGGAAGGGAGGAAUGUAUACAGCUCUUCACGAUAUGAUGAUUAUGAUCGAUACAGACGUUCUCGGAGCCGAAGUUAUGAAAGGAGGAGAUCAAGGAGUCGCUCUUUUGAUUAUAACUAUAGGAGAUCUUACAGUCCUAGAAAUAGACCGACUGGAAGACCACGGCGUAGCCGAAGCCAUUCCGACAAUGAUAGAUUCAAACACCGAAAUCGAUCUUUUUCAAGAUCUAAAUCCAAUUCAAGAUCACGGUCCAAGUCCCAGCCCAAGAAAGAAAUGAAGGCUAAAUCACGUUCUAGGUCUGCAUCUCACACCAAAUCUAGAGGCACUUCUAAGACAGAUUCCAAAACACAUUAUAAGUCUGGCUCAAGAUAUGAAAAGGAAUCAAGGAAAAAAGAACCACCUAGAUCCAAAUCUCAGUCAAGAUCACAGUCUAGGUCUAGGUCAAAAUCUAGAUCAAGGUCUUGGACUAGUCCCAAGUCCAGUGGCCACUGAUAGUAUAAAUCAUGAUACUUUCUAGGCAUGUAUCAUUCAUUUACUCAUAGUUUGGUAUACCUAAAUUAUCAGGAAUACAAUGUUGCAAUGAUGCGUUUAAAACAAAAAGCAAAACACUUCUUAGUUUUCCCUGUACUGGGCCAUGGUUAUAAUUAGAAUGCUAUGCUGUUGAGAAGCCACUCUAAGAGUCCAGUUUGUUUAAUGUUAUGGGCAGCUACCAAUUUGUGGUGUCUCUGUAUAUUUUUGUAAAGAUUCUCAUUUUUUAUGCUUGAAGUAUUUGGUGAAAAGAUGUUGGUUGACCAUAAUUUGCAACAUUGUCUUAUUAAAAAUAAAUUUUCAUAUCCAUAUUUGGUAGAACUGUUAACCUAGAAAUGUAGCUUGCUAAUAAGAUAGAAUGAUACAAAAGUGAAGUUGUAGCCACAUUACAACACUGACUGCUCAGACACAUUUAGGUUCAGGGUGGACCUUUAUGUCUUGUCAAGAUGUCUAAGCCCAUGAUGAUUAUUUAUGAUGCAAUGUGGAAUAGUUCUUUUGUUAACUCCACUGUGGGGAUUGAUGCCAACUGGCUUAAGUAGCGUUUUCAGGGAGAUCGACCCUUUCACUGAAACAUGGAGCCUUCACUGCUUGCCCCCGUACCCCCUUAAGCACUGCUGGUUUCUGAGAUUUGGAACAUUAUUAAACACAAGGGAAAAAAAAAAACCUCCCCCUUAAGUUUUGAGUGUGUCAAUUAUGGCGGAAAUCAUUUUAAGGGGAAAAGACUGUUCUGAACAUAGUUUCUCUAAAAUUUAACUAUUGUUGAUCAUUGUUAUUUAGGGGUUUUGUUUUUUUGUUUUUUCUGUUAGAAGCAAGUAAACUGUUUGAAAGUACAUUUUGUUUAUGUGCAUAGUGUAAAACAAACUGAAUUUUGAUGCUUACAGCACUUGGCAUGUGCGUUCGUAUCAGAAUCUGCCUGCCCUCUUCAUGAGGGAGGCUUGCCCAUCACACCUCAGUUUAUUAAUGUGAGGCAGGUUGCAAAGAUGACACUCCUAGGUGAUUUUGUGGUGCCGUGAAGUUUUUGGGAAAAUUGAGUUUAAACAAAUGCCACAUCACUUAGUUUUUGAUAAUGUAGGACAUGACUAAAAAUAAGGAAAUGAUACCCUUAAAUAUUUAUAAUUUCUAGUAUUUCUCUUCAAGAUCGUUUUGGAGGCGAUACAGUGACUUGAAAUGUCCAGUGUCAUUUCAGAAUAAAAAGCUAGUAUCUUUAAAAUCUCAAGAGUGCUUGCUUACAGAUGUAAGUGAAGAUACUGUGUGGGAUGAUCCUUCUAGAGGAUUACCUUAUUUUUCCUUUCAGUUUUGGUUUUAGAAAUCUAGGCCUUGCUUGUAGAAAACAAAGGAUGGUUUAUAAGAACUGUUUGUGGAAUGUGUUUGGAGGAUUCAUUCUAGAACCUUUGUAUAUUUAAUAGUAUUUCUAACUUUCGUUUCUUUACUGUUUGCAGUUAAUGUUCUUGUUCUGCUAUGCAAUCAUUUAUAUGCACGUUUCUUUAAUUUUUUUAGAUUUUCCUGGAUGUAUAGUUUAAACAACAAAAAGUCUAUUUAAAACUGUAGCAGUAGUUUGCAGUUCUAGCAAAGAGGAAAGUUGUGGGGUUAAACUUUGUAUUUUCUUUCUUAUAGAAGCUUCUAAAAAGGUAUUUUUAUAUGUUCUUUUUAACAAAUAUUGUGUACAACCUUUAAAACAUCAAUGUUUGGAUCAAAACAAGACCCAGCUUAUUUUCUGCUUGCUGUAAAUUAAGCAAACAUGCUAUAAUAAAAACAAAAUGAAGGAAAUAA